AUGAGUGGGCUACUGGGCGCCAGGACCUGCUCGAGCCCAGGAGAGGCCUCCGACUGUAAGUCCCCACUGGGCGCCAAGCUCAGGGAACCUCUCACGGAGGCCCGGUUCGAGCAGCUCUUUGGGGGCGCAGAGCAGGAGCGGGAACCACUCGCGGGGUCCCGCUGGGCCGGGCUGUGCAGACUGUGGAAGCGGCUGGCUCGCGCCUGUUCGGGACCGGGGGCGUGGCGCUGGUUGCUGGCCCGGCUGCCUCCGCUGCGCUGGCUGCCCCACUACCGCUGGAGGGCCUGGCUACUUGGGGAUGUGGUGGCUGGAGUGACCGUGGGCAUUGUGCACGUGCCCCAGGGUGAGCGGCCCCAACACCACCCUAAGAUCUUUCCUUCCACCUCCCCAGGCAUGGCUUUCGCCCUCUUGACCUCAGUGCCCCCAGUGUUCGGCCUCUACACGUCUUUCUUUCCCAUACUCAUCUACACCUUGUUGGGCACCGGAAGACACCUGUCCACAGGAACGUUCGCGGUGCUCAGCCUCAUGACGGGCUCGGCCGUGGAGCGGCUGGUGCCCGAACCCCUCGGGGGGAACCUGAGCGGAAUCGAGAGGGAACAAUUGGACGCUCAGCGGGUUGGGGCAGCUGCGGCCUUGGCCUUUGGGAGCGGGGCGCUAAUGCUGGGGAUGUUCGCGCUGCAGCUGGGUGUCCUGUCCACCUUUCUGUCCGAGCCAGUGGUUAAAGCACUGACCAGCGGGGCCGCGCUGCACGUGCUCGUUUCCCAACUGCCGGGCCUUUUGGGGCUGCCCCUCCCGCGCCAGAUCGGCUGCUUCGCUCUCUUCAAGACGCUGGCCGCUGUGCUGACCGCGCUGCCCCGGAGCAAUCCGGCCGAACUGACCAUCUCCGCACUCAGCCUGGCGCUGCUCGUGCCGGUCAAGGAAUUGAACGUGAGAUUCCGAGACAGGCUACCUACCCCGAUCCCAGGGGAAAUCCUCAUGGUGCUCCUGGCCUCCGUGCUCUGCUUCACCUCUUCCCUGGACACAAGAUACAAUGUCCAGAUAGUGGGGCUGCUGCCUGCAGGAUUUCCCCAGCCUCUCCUCCCUAACCUGGCUGAGCUACCUAGGAUCCUGGACGACUCCCUGCCCAUGGCGCUGGUUACUUUCGCUGUGUCCGCCUCCCUGGCCUCCAUCUAUGCAGACAAGUAUAGCUACACUAUUGACUCCAACCAGGAGCUCUUUGCGCAUGGUGCCUCCAACCUCAUCUCCUCACUCUUCUCUUGCUUUCCCAACUCGGCCACAUUGGCCACCACCAGCCUACUAGUGGAUGCUGGUGGGAACACCCAGCUGGCAGGCCUCUUCUCCUGCAUAGUUGUCCUGUCAGUGCUGCUGUGGCUGGGACCUUUCUUCUACUAUCUGCCCAAGGCUGUCCUGGCCUGCAUCAACAUCUCCAGCAUGCGCCAGAUGUUCUUCCAGAUGCAGGAACUUCCACAACUAUGGCGCAUCAGCCGCAUGGACUUUCUCCUCCAGGUCCCAGGGCUCUGCAUCCUGAGCUAUCCAACACCUCUCUACUUUGGGACCCGUGGACAGUUUCGCCGUAACCUAGAGUGGCAUCUGGGGCUUGGAAGAAGCAAGGAGACUCCAAGGAUAGAUGGCCCAUCUGAUGCAGUUGCUGAGCCUGUCAGAGUGGUGAUCCUAGACUGCAGUGGUGUCACCUUUGCAGAUGCUGCUGGGGCCAGAGAAGUGGUACAGGUGAGGAAGAGGCUGGCCAGCAGAUGCCGAGACGCUGGGAUCCACCUUCUCCUGGCUCAGUGUAAUGCCUCAGUGCUGGGGACACUGACCCAGGCAGGACUCCUGGACAGAGUGACCCCAGAGCAGCUGUUUGUGAGUGUCCAGGAUGCAGCUGCUCAUGCCCUGGAGAGACUGGAGCUCACUGGUCCAAAGACUUGCACAGUAUGGGUCUGACCUGGUCACUUGGAGUAUGGAAGGCCCAACAAUAUGUGUGUG